GCAACUCCUCCUAGAAUAAAUACGGGAAUUACGGCAAGAUAUUGGUUUUACGGAUGGAUCUUUACUUUUUAACCUCCGGGAUCACUUACAUAGUCAUCGUGGCUUUAUGCGAUGGUGUGCUAGUGCUCGCCUUGUUUGCCCGCUUAACAAAUACCAUUGCCGAGGGAAUGGCCUAAUGGAGCAGUUCCACCUCCGCCGCAGCCAACACUAAAAGACGGGGAGAGACAAUGCGUGGGAACCCCAGAAAAUAAAAAUAUUAACUAAUUAAGCUAAAGCCAGCGGCAGCCGAGCUGGGGGGUCUGGACAAAUGGACACAAGGAGACAUCACGCGUAAGAGGCGGAGCAAGCCAACCGCGCUGUCGGACCGACGGUUCUUCCUCGGGUAGGGGAGUGUCGGCGUUUGUGAUAUAUAGCUGGCUUCUUGCCCAGAAGUCGGUGGCCAGUAGAAGUUUUCGAUUUGUUUCACUGCUUCAAACAUCCACUCAUAGUAUCAAUUGUCGGAACUCCAUCAUGGCUGCCACCGUCAAAGAUGAAGAGGCUAUUGCCGUGGCCAAGACGCUCAAGAACAUUCCAUGGUGCGAGGACUAUGAGAAGAUGAUUUCCGGCAUGCUUUACAAUGCUUUCGUUCCCGAACUCGUGGACAGCCGAUUCAAAGCUCGUCGCUUCAUGCACAAGUACAGCAACGCAUUCCCUGACGAUGCUACCCCAGAGAGCCUGACUGCUCUCCGCACCGACAUGCUCCAAGGCAUUCUGGGCAAAGCCGGCAAGGAUGUCUACAUUGAGCCUCCGUUUAGCAUUGAUUACGGCACAAAUAUUAUCCUAGGCGAUAAUGUCUACGCCAAUUUCAACUUGAUUAUUCUCGACUGCGCCCUCGUACGCAUCGGCAACCGCGUCAUGUUUGGCCCAUCCGUCUCCAUUUUUGCUGCAACUCACGAAACGGAAGUCCAGUCCCGACGGGACAACAUCGAGUACGCAAAAGGCGUUGUGAUUGGUGAUGACUGCUGGAUUGGCGGCAAUGCAACCAUUAUGCCCGGCGUGACGAUUGGCAAAGGCUGUACGAUUGGUGCUGGCAGUGUGGUUACCAAAGAUAUCCCAGACUUCUCUGUUGCCAUAGGAGCUCCCGCAAAGGUUGUUAAGAAGGUGGCACCUCUUCCCGACCUGUAGAGUAUGCCAUGUUUUACGAAACGAUUCUGUAGCAAGAGCAUAAAAUAAUUGUCAUUGAAAUGAUGAUCUCUCUUUGUAUGAUUGUCCAUGGCUAGUUGUGUAAACUAUGAAAUCUCAGCACUG